GGCUCUCGUGUUUCUGUGGAUGUCGUGUUCUCUUCCCGUGUACAGACCCUACUGGACGGUUCCCUAUUUCCCUUGUCUUUGUCGUGAGUUUGGAUAUUCGUAUGUGGACGUCGUGUAUCGUACAAAAGAGGACGUGUGAGUGACUGGCGAUUGAGAAGAGGAGUUUUGGACGUGUUCAUUUUUCCCUGGACUCCUGGGAGCACUAAUUGCCCUGCACUGUUGUUUAUAGCGCCUGGUGUCACUCUUCUAUUCUUGGUCAUGGAUGAUUUUGUGCGAAACAAACUGACUGAAUGGAAACUAAGUGACUGGAUUGAGGCAUUUGAAGCUCAAGAAAUUGAUGAGGAAAGUCUGUAUCAUCUUGAUGAUCAGGAAAUUGAUCAAUUGAUCACAAAAGCUGGACCUAGAGUGAAAUUCAAGGAUAAACUAAAGCUGUUAAAGGAAGAGAAAAAUACAACUCAACCACAAAAAGAAGCAGUCAAUACUUCUGGUCAAGAUUUGCCAUCCAUAAGUGAAAGAGCCUUUCAGUCUCAGAUGUCGUCUGAUGGUUAUGGGGCUGCAGUCGGCACCAGUAACAGUUAUAAUUUGGGUCGAGGAUCAUCCAGUGUCUUGGCGGAUAACCAAUUGGAUCCCCCAGGAAAGAGAAAGUCAGAUCAUCUUCAGAGUGAGUCCAGAAAAUGGCAACCACCUCUUAAAAAACAAUACAAUUGUGCAGCAGGAUCACAGUCAGAAACAGAAAUACUGUCUGAUGUCAAAAACAUAAUGAGAUGUGUCAGUGAAGGACUACAUGGCCGUGACAAGCUCAGCGCUUUCCUAAAGGAUAAAAUCAAGAAUUUGGAGACAGAAAAAAGGCACCUGGUUGGUGUCUUUGGUAAAACCGGGGCUGGAAAGAGCUCUUUAAUCAAUGCCAUCAUAAAUAAUGAGGGCCUGUUGCCUUCAGGAAGUGUCAGUGCAUGUACCUCAGUGAUGAUAAAGGUGGAGGCUACCAAUGGAUCAAAGUAUGAGGCACACAUCGAGUUCAUUACAAAAGAGGAUUGGGAAGAUGAGGUGCAGUCACUAAAACAGGCUCUUGAAGACAAUGACGACGAUGAUGAUGAUGGUGGUGAUGAUGAUUCACUUGAUCCUGAUGGAAAGUUAUCAGCGCUGUAUGGAGAAGAGUGGAAAGAAAGAUCCACUCACAGCCUCAUGGACAACAAAUAUUUCAUAGAUAUUCCAGAGUUUCGAACAUCCAAGAUAAAAAUUUUGAAAAGUGACACAGCUGAAAGGCUGUCUGAAAAAUUUGUGAAAUAUACAAGAAGUGAGUCAAAUGAGACAGAAGAAGUAAAGAGGUGGUACUGGCCGCUUGUGAAGUGUGUGACUGUCAAAGUGCCAGACAGUGAUUUUCUUGAUCACGUCACACUCGUGGACCUUCCUGGAAAUGGUGACACUAACAGAAGCAGAGAUCAAAUGUGGAAAGAGUUUAUUGCCAGUUGUUCUACAGUGUGGAUUGUUACUGAAAUGAAUCGAGCAGCAUCAGAAAGAGAAGCCUGGGAGAUCCUGGAAGAUGCCAGUAGCCUGCUGGGAAAUGGUGGCGAGUGUCAGCAAAUUCAUUUUAUCUGCACCAAGUCAGAUCAUGAAAAACCAGAUGAUCUAAACAAAGUCAAGAAUGCAGUGAUGAAGGAAUUCAAAAAGCGGAAAACGAUUACGAAUCACUUCAGUGAGGAUUGUUUCCAAGUCUUCACAGUGAGCUCCACAGAAUUCCUCAAAGGGGAGAAUGUAAAUCCAGAUGUCAAUGAAAUACUGAAACUCAAGGAAAUUUUGAAAAAUCUGAAUGAUGCUCAUUCAGAGACCUCAAACUAUGUGUCUGGAGCUUAUGGGAUUCUGUCUUUGAUUCAAGGGGCCAGAAGUGGAGAAGUGGUUGAACAAAAAAACGAUGUGUGUGCAGUCCUUGAGCAAAACUUGAGCAUCCAACUUAAUCGAGUCAAAAAAGCAAUUGAAGACAUUAUAAAAGUUUUUGAACAAUGCCUACGGGAGGGGGUUGAAAAAUCCAAAAAAUCAUGUGAAAAAAAACUAAAGUCCUUCUUACAUCCCAGUAAAAAAACAAACAGAGCUUUUCACAUGACACUAAAGUCUGCAGUUAGGAAUGAUGGCAUCCAGAAACCAAAGAAAGGAAAACCUAAAAACCUCAACAUGAUAUUAGCGUCUUAUUUGACUGAAAGCAUUGAUGAAAAAUUCAGAGAUACCUUCCCAAACAACAUAAAAUGUGGACAUUUCAAUGGAGCCAUUGAUGCAUUUUCACUCAGCACUGAUUCAUUGAUUGAAAAGUACAAAGAUGUCGAACUGCAACUGACAUUUCUCCAGACAGAGGGGAAAAAAAUGAAGACAAAGCUCAACAAAACAAUCCUCACACGAAAGAAACUGAUCUACAACAGUUUGACAGAGACAAUCAAGGACAACAUGAAAGAAUGCUAUAAAGAAGCAGCAGCAUUUACAGGAAAAGGCACCCUGAAGAACAUGAGGGACACUAUUGAGAGACAUGUGCACUCAAAGAUGGACAUGUUUGAGGAGGCAAAAUAUGUCAUGUUGGAGCAAUUGAACGAUUUGAAGGAAACUGUCCUGAGGACACUGGAGAAAACCAUGAAGGAAUCCAUUGAACACUCACUUAAGCCGGAGGCCUGCUCACUGCCAGAUGUUUCGGAACAUCUUGAGGUGGUGAAAAAACAUGAUGAUGAACUUAAUGGCACUCAAGAUGAAAAAAAAUAACCACACUGGAAACAGCUGAGGCCUGAUGACCCACAGGACAUCCCUGAAAAACACUGAUGGAGACACGAGGUCUUUAGAUACUGUCACAAUAAUUUUUGUUUUGCUCUCUUUUAAUGUUGUGUUGAUGUGUACUUUUGACUUUUAAUAAAUUAUUAUACAAAAAGCAUCUUGAAUAUUAUAGAUAUCAAUUAAAACUGCUAAUAUUAAGGUAUUAAUCAGGAGGGUCCAAAUCAUGAUUUGAUUUCUUUCUUUUUUUAAAAAUUUGUAGUACAUUUUUAAUCACUUAUAGCAGAGCGUGAAGACAUGUAAUGCAUUUCCCCAUUUAAACCUGAGAUUUAUGGUUUUAUAAGAGCCUGAGAUUACAGUUUCCAAAAGCAUUUUGAUUUUGUUGCUUGUUUUAAAAUAUCAUAAUUUAAUGUUUUAAGUUAAUGUGUAUACUGUGGGUUCAUUGUGAUGGGAGCAUUUAUUCUAAUGUAUGUGCUUAUUAGUUAAACAUUAAGCCUUAUCCAGCACUGAAAUGAUAUUUAACACUUUAACUUCAUAGUUCUAAUGGCAAAUACUUGUUUGUUGCAGUUAUAACAUGUGUGUACAUGACAAAUAGUGAGAAAUAGGUGUAAGUAAAGUUGUAGGAAAUCAGCAGCUACUUCAGUCAUCUUCCUGCCAUUUUGCUUUUUCUGGGCUCAGAAUUACUGGUGAAUAUAUUACAGUUUGGGUUUCAGUUCAGGGUUUUGAAUUUCUUUUUAAUUAUUUUAAGUGUUUAACAUUUUAAUUAUUUCUGCACAUAUUGUUGAAUUCUUGUUUUGAUUUUUGUCUUCAUUACUUAUCUCGUGUUUCCUCUCCCGACAAUGAUUUCUUUUUUUUCCUCCUGAAACGGCUCACUCACGUUUAGCAUUUACUUUCAUGUUUCCUGUAACCUUAUUUCAGUAAUGUCAUUAUAAAAGCUGACCGAUUUUUAAAAAUGCUCAGGAAAAGGUACUUCAGUGCUUCCUUUAGCAUAAAGGAUUAAGAUG